AUUUCAGAAAUUCAGUGGAAUUUCUCAUAAUUUUUUUUAUUUAUGAUACUUUUACUAUUAUUUUUAGUUGUAAACUUUAGUGAAAUGUGUUAGUGACUAGUUUUUGUGUGUGACAAUUUUAUUUGUGACUUUUGUGGUACACUGUUUAUACGAUUAAGCAAACGCCAGCCAAAAAUAAGAAGACUGAGAAAAAAAAACCCGCCAAUAACAUGUCCACAUAGCACAGCACAUUCCAGAAGAUGCAAGAACAUUAGGGCAACCGGAAACACGUGAUGCGCCAUUUUGUAAGACUCCAUUCGUGAUAAACAACAUGGCGGCUCUUCCGGCGGUCAGGUCCGAGAAGGACUUCAUGGAUGAAGCGGCAGAGAAGCUUCUAGAACGGAAUGAAGUUAUAAUAGUGCCCGCGCAGAACGAGGACGGUCUGGUUUCUGCGAAAUCGUCCAAAAAAGUGAAACUUCCCGUGGAGGAUGAAGGCGGCGUGGGUGGUGGUCGGUUCACCAUCGGGCCGGCGCCUGAACGGGACUGGGAGAUGGUACCACCGGAUGGAAAGUGGGGAUGGUGCGUGCUCGUAGGCGCGACGCUGGUGAACAUCCUGAUCCCGGGAACUAUCAAGUCGUUCGGGGUCCUACUUCUGGAAUUCAACGACCUGUUCCAGGCCAGUGCGUCCGCCUCCUCGGGCAUCGUCGCGUUAUGCUACUUCCUUUACAGUAGUUUGGGUCCGAUAUCGUCGAUCCUUUCCGUGAAGUGGUCGUACCGCACCGUGACCCUCAUUGGCGGGAGCUUCGCUGCAUUCGGGAUGAUCUUCAGCAGUUGGGCGUUCUCCAUCAGCUAUUUGUACUUCAGUUUCGGCGCCAUGGUGGGCACGGGAGCGGGGUUGGCGUUCCCGCCCACCGUCUACAUAGUGACGUCAUACUUCGUCCGACUGCGCGGAUUGGCCAACGGGAUAUGCAUGUCGGGGUCCGCGUUUGGCAGUAUUAUCCUGCCGCCCGUGCUGAGGUAUCUGCUCGAAGAGUUCGGCUACAAUGGCGCAGUGCUUAUUCUGGGCGGGAUAAUGCUGAACGUGUGGGCCGCCGCGUUGCUCUUCCAACCAGUUGAAGUGCAUAUGGUGAAGAAAUACAAAGAGAUCGAAGAAGACGAAGAUUGCCCUCAGGACGACAUUCUAUUUGAAGAGGAGGAACCCAUCGACGCCUACUACAUGACAGUCGCUGAGAAACAAAAUGGCGUACCGGACGGUCUGAGCAAGGAGAACUCAACCAAAAACCUAUCACAAACGCAUAUGCAUAACAGUCAAAUUUGCAUGAACUCGUCACAAAACUUACGCUACAACGUAUCCAAAAGGAAACUUUCGUACACACGACCGAUCACAAAAAACACCUUGAGCUCAGGCUCCAUCGCUGUGGACGGUAUACCGGAAGGAAAGAAACUAGACUCCCAGGAGGGUUUCGGAAGAAAACUGAGCGUUACGAAGAGAAAUAUGUCGACAUCAAGCUUCGCGUACGUCUCUACGCCUUUCCACGGCUCGACACUCUCAGCAUUCGAGAAACCCAACGAAUUCGCAUCGCAGUUCUCGUUAAAAUCUAUAACGGAAAGCGUCGCCGAUGUCGCCUCUUGCUGUUUUUGUUGUAAACGCAAAAAGAACGCCGAAAAGAACAAGUUCUUUGAUAUCACUCUACUGAGCGAUCCCACGUAUCUUGUCAUUUUAAUAUCGAGCAGUACAGUCGCUAUUUCUUGCACGAAUUUUAUCAUCCUACUACCCUCGCACGCACAAAACAUCGGUUUCGAUAAAGCGAGAGGCGCGUAUUUACUCAGUACGGUCUCGGCCCUCGACCUGGUCGGACGUAUCGGGGGCUCCGCGCUUUGCGAUUUAAACUAUAUGCCGAAGUCGUUUUAUUUCGUCGGGGGUUUAUUUUUUUCCGGCAUCAGCCUAGCUACUAUUCCAUUUUUGACCUCUUAUACUGCUAUUAGUGUUUUUUGCGCGUUUUUCGGUUUAGCUUCCGGAAUAAAUAACGGUGUUACAACUUUGGUUAUGGCUGAAAUUCUGGGGUUGGAUAGAUUGAUGUCGACUUACGGUAUCAGUUUGUUUGUCAAUGGUUUGCUACAGCUGAUCGGCCCGCCUCUAUGUGGUCUAUGGUACGAACACGACAAGAACUACGCGCAUAUGUUCGUAACUUUCGGCUUCAUUUUCAUUAUAGGCGCUUCUCUAUGGUUGUUUAUGCCGCUGGAGCCGUUUGCUGAGGAAGAUCCCAACGAGUUGGAAGAGACAAAUCCCAAGCUUAUCCUGACACCAGAGGAGAGCUGUGGGGAGAAAUACCAAAAUGGCAGCCCACCUAUAUUCAAGCAGAACUCCAACGCAACAUUAAACGAAAAGCAAUCGCCGAAAAACGAUUUCGUGCGCUCAGCUAGUGUUGCGCACGUCUCCCAUAUCGAUAAUACCCGGUCUCGAAAAAUAUCGACACCCGCCACAUCAAAACAUGGCCUGCAGCAUAUAUCCAGCAAAAUCUCUAAUCAUCUACCCAGUAAUCUAUCUCUUUUAGAAUCCGUACCGGAAGGGAAGCCAAGCAGAGUGAAUUCUCAAGAAGCGUUCGGUAAGAAAUUGGUCGUGCCAAAAACUCCCAAACGGAGCCCGUCUACCUCAAGUUUUCAGUAUAUGUCCACACCUUUCCACGGUUCAACGCUGUCAGCAUUCGAGAAACCUAGCGAAUUCGCGUCGCAAUUCAGUUUGAAAUCCGUCACAGAUAGCUUAGCACCCAUAAGCUAUUGCUGCGGUUGCAAGAAACGACCAAGAGACGACGAAACGAAGAAAGAACCCAACCGCUAUUUCGAUGUGCAGCUAUUAAAAGACCCAAUCUAUCUAGUUAUCUUAAUAUCGAACUGUACUUGCGCCAUUUCAUACACGAACUUCAUAAUUCUAGUGCCGUCUUACGCUCAAGAGCAGGGCUUCGAUAAAUCAUUGGGAGCGUAUUUGCUAUCGAUAAUAUCGGCGUUGGAUUUAGUCGGUAGGAUCGGCGGUUCCGCAUUAUCUGAUGUGGUUAGUACGCCGAAGCGUUAUUUUUUCAUAACUGGCUUACUUUUAUCUGGUAUAAGUCUGAGUAUGAUUCCAUCGGUAUCUAGUUACUCGGCGAUCAGUGCGUUCUGCUGCGUUUUCGGUCUUGCGAGUGGUAUAAACGUGGGAGUUACAGCACUAGUGAUGACCGAAAUGUUGGGUACAGAAAGACUCAUGUCGUCGUACGGUAUAAGUUUGUUUAUGAAUGGCAUCUUACAGCUGCUCGGCCCGCCGAUUUGCGGCGCGUGGUUCGAAUAUACGAAAUCAUAUAAGUCGUUAUUUGUCACGCUCGGUUUCAUUUUGAUAUUCGGCGCGGCACUGUGGCUUUUUGUGCCAAUUAUACACAGGCGGAGAAAAAAAGCUGAGGAGAUGAAAAACGAGUUCGCACAGCCUUAAAUUGUAUGUCUCAUGAAGACCGUUCAAACCUCGGUAGUAGUUAAGUCAUUCAGUUUAUUAACCUUUUAUAACAUAUCUAAUAAGUCAAAAUAAAAACUGUCAAGAGUUUUGGAUAUAGAUAUCUUAAUGAGGCACUAGAAAUGCCCUAUAGCACUUGAAUGCCCGUUUUCACUAACGACGAUGCUUAAUUAAGUAACUCCUAAUCAAAGAAGAUUCCUAGUCAUAACUUUCACCUAUCGAUUUUCACUUAGCAACUCAUAUAACCUAACUUGUCUAUGGUUCUUGCCAAAUGGUGUGAUAUUUUGUUUUUG